AUUGACAGCUUGUGCGGCUCGUUCAGCAGAGGAACCGAUAGGUCCCGUUGUGUGAGCGGCGCGACCACAACUCACCGUCGCCAGCAGCUUUUUGUCGGAUUUAAUUUUGUACUUUUAAAGAAGUUUCCAGGAAGAGCGCUCAGUUUGGGAGAUUACACAGAACCUCCGGGGCAUGAAAGUGGAGCGGGCGCUUCAAACAAAGUAGAAGAGGAGGUAGACCUGUCCGUUUGAUGGCUGCUGGGGAUGGAGCCCAGCUGCCGGCCACAGUAGCGGCCAGCCGGAGCGUGGAGAAGGCGCUCGAGGAGGCUGCCGCGAGCGGGGCUCUCAACUUGUCCAACCGAAAACUGAAGGAGUUCCCCCGCAGCGCCAGGAACUACGACCUGUCAGACAUUACACAUGCAGAUCUAUCAAAGAAUCGUCUGUGUGAGCUGCCGGAGGAGCUCUGUCAGUUCAUCUCUCUGGAGACACUGAGCCUGUACCACAAUGGGAUGCGUUCACUGUCCCCCAACCUGGGCAACCUCCAGGCCCUCACCUACCUCAACCUCAGUCGUAAUCUCCUGUCCAGUUUACCCCCAUCAGUGUUUCAGCUUCCCCUCCUGCGAGUGCUCAUCGUCAGCAACAACAAGCUUUCUUCACUGCCUGCCUCCAUAUACUCGCUCACACACCUCCGGCAACUGGAUGUAAGCUGUAAUGAGCUGCAGCGCUUGCCAGGAGAGCUUGGUCAGCUAGAGUGUCUGAGAGACUUAAAUCUGAGGAGGAACCAGCUCACCAAUUUGCCUGAAGAAAUAUCCGAGCUGCCCCUUGUACGGCUCGAUGUGUCCUGCAACCGAAUUUCCCACGUGCCCUUGUGCUACCGACACCUCCGGCAUCUGCAGAGCAUCUUGCUGGACAACAACCCGCUGCAGAUGCCGCCUGCGCAGAUCUGCUCCAAGGGCAAAUACCACAUCUUCAAGUACCUCAACAUGGAGGCCUGUAAGAGGAGCCAGGAGGAGCUGGAGAAACACCUGAGGCCGACGGGAUUCAACAGCUGCCUGUCGGACCAGGAGCUGUUCACAGGUCAGUUUGGAGGGCUGGACUCUGGCUUCAACAGUGUGGACAGUGGCAGCAAAAGAUGGUCUGGAAAUGAGUCAGCAGAUGACUUCUCAGAGCGUUCCCUCCGUAUGGCUGAGGUCAGCAGGGACCAGAGGAACCUUGAGGAGGAAGAAGAGGAAAAUGGAUCUCCUCUGGAAGCUAAAAAAGUCAAUGGAGAGGCUGAACAGGUGGACUUCAUCGACAGCAGUGUGACAGAAGAAGAGGAGGACGGGCUCAGGAUGGAUGCACCUACACCUCCUCUCACAGCACCUUCUCUGGAGCAGAAGGAGGGAUCUUCACCGUCCCAAACCUCCCAGGACUCAACAACAUGCAGAUCCAGCCUCCACGUUGAGGUGGGCCCCCCAUCGUCGGCCUCCUCGUCUCCCCUGUCGCCCUCCAGCCCCUCCCUGGAGGAGCGGAGGAGGCCUGGCACCCUGUUCAUCUGGCAGGAGAGGGAACGGCUCCAGCAGCAGCAGAGAGAGAAGGCGAGUUUGCUGAAGUCAUCCACCAAAACAGGAAGUCAUGUGGCCUCUGCACCACAGACGGGAAGUAGCUCAUGUGGUGCAUCGCCAGAAAACAACAACUCCGGCCUGCGGCACCGAUGUGCGAGCGCUGACCAGAUGAGCACAGUGACCCCUUCAGUCCUUCUAAAGCGCUCCAGCAGCAGAACAGAUGUCCCAUCGUCCCCCAAGACGUCCCCUCCUCCUGGUCAGGCCCAGAAGCCCAACAGCUUCCUGUUUCGCAUCUCCUCACGCAGCAACAUCAAACCCACAGGGGCCGUCUCCAGUCUCAGUGAGUCUGGCAGGAGUGAGUCUCGCACGACACUGCGUUCACCCAAAGAGGAGAGACCAGACGUCACACAGCUACGCAAGACUCUGGAGUCUCGGCUGAAGAUCACUCUGCCAGAGGACCUGGGUGAGGCUCUGUCCAACGGCACCGUCCUCUGCCAGCUGGUCAAUCACAUCAAACCGCGCUCCGUGUUAACCAUCCACGUUCCCUCUCCAGCAGUGCCAAAACUGAGCCCGGCAAAGUGUCAAAAAAAUGUGGAAAGCUUCAUUAUUGCUUGUCGCAAGCUGGGAGUCCCUGAGACUGAAGUGUGUGCGUCCUCUGAUGUGCUUCUGUGUAAGCUGCCCGCUGUGCUGCGCUGUGUGACGGCCCUGCUGGCCGUGAAGGGGGGGGAGACGGUGGAGGAAAGCUCGCCCCGCCACUCCUCACCUGCGUCUUCAUCAUCGUCCUCCUCCUCCUCUUCCUCCUCGCUGCUGUCCACAGACUUCCUGUUCUUCUACUGUGCAGCCAUGGCGCUGCUCUACGUCCUCUACUGCUACCUGCUCACCUAAAGCAGCGGCACACAAAACACACGCGUUUAUCUGCUCUAUACACAUACUGAACACACACGGAAAUGUCACGGCCGGACACACACAGCUGCUCCUACAGCUGUCGUUGAUACAGUGAGUGCAGUGUGUGUGCUCAGUAUACAUACUCUGACUGUAGAGCAGAUUUAUUAAGACCUGAGCUGCACUGGUUGGGCGUCAGAGACAUGCAGCAGAGAACACUACAACGACGGGAACAACACCGUAUGAGAGCAGAUGAACAGUGAAAUGCCUUAGCCUAGUUUAGCCUUCACUCAUGUUUGGAGAAGACGGGAGGUUUUUGUCUGAAGCAGAGCUGCUCACUGUGCAGAAAGUCUGUCAUUGGUUGAGAUGUGAAUGGGUGGAACAAAGGAACCACAUUCUCUGUUGAAUCUCCAUCACAUACUGUACUUUGCAUUGCCUGCAUACUUGGUGUAUAGAUGGAGGGUUCACAUUAAACACGGUGACACUUGAGGUCAGUGUUUUGUUUGACAGCAGAAAAAGCACAUGUUUUUAUUCAGAGUCUGCUGCUGGCUUUACUGUGCAGAGUGAUCAUCUGCACUGUGUUAGUUUAGUGAAACUUAAAGCUGCGUUCGGUGAGAUGUGUUUUUGUUGCUUUUUGGCUGCUUGGAAGCAGCACAAUGGGCCAUAUUAUCACCUUAUAGAGUUGAUUUGUUGAAGAUGUUGCACACGCUUCCUUAAUUACACACCCAGCAGACACUGAGCAUCCUCAUUCAUUUGGAACUGUGAAACUGGGAGUCCUUUUAACUCUGUUUUUUUUUUUAACUUUCUAAGCUAAUGUUCAGGAACUUUUUUAAGUGGUAGAAGUUCCUCCAGAUGAUUGUGAUUUGUGUUUCCACAGCGGGGCCAUGGUUCCAGGGAGAAAACCUAAAUUAGUCUGCUGAUGUAUCAACAGCAGGACAGACUGAGAUUCCCUCUGAAUGUGCAGAAACAAGAGUUUGUUGGUCCAUCUGUCCUAGAAUGUUUUGUUCCAUCCAUGCAGCUACAAACUCCAAGCAAAACAACCUAAUUGCAGUUGCGGGUUUUAUUGUUGAUGGCAAUGUUUAAGAGAAGAAUGCUUGGGGGAGGACAAGAAAAACAGGAAAUGCUGCUUGUUGUCUUCUCUAAGUUCAUCCAAUCAGAAUUGAGACCUGCACAGCUGCUUCUCAUGGCUGCUUCAGAGUACCUAUGUGGGAGUAGGUGCUGUCUCCCUUGAAACAGAAAAGUUCCUGCACAUAAAAAAAAAAAAAAAAUGCUCUCACGCUACCCCCUUUGUGGGUCUUUCACCCUCCAAAUUAUUAUAGAUGCUGUGAAAACACAGGUAGGAGAACAAAGCUCCUCAAAAAGUUCCUGAGGUUGCAAUGCACCUUAAGUUUUACAGCUAGCUGCAGACUGUCUGCAGUUUGAUGCUGAGCAGGUGGUGUACAGUGGAUUCAUCCGAGCGUUUUCACUGAAAACAGCUGCCUGCUGCUGAAGCAAGCACAACUGAUGAGUGCUGAGCGUGAACAAAACAUUAAAGGGCUGUAAAACCAAAAAUAAUGAGCUAAUAGGCGCAACAAACGCUGUGGAGCUGACGGCCACAGUUGGGUGAUGAGGCGCCGCUGAUGCCAGCAGCACUUUUCACUUUCUACACAGUCAUUUAGCCAGUGGUAAUAUUAAAGUAUUGAUCAGGGCAGCUUUACGGCUCAGUUCUGUCUCCGUGUUAAUUACAUUUACACAGAGAAAAUGACAAAUACUUGGACUCAGAAUGCAGAAUGCAGCUGGACUAGAAUUGCAGAGUUUUUAAGUGUGUUGCAGAAAUAUGAAUUUAAAGGAGCCUGUUGGUUCCGUUGGUUAUGAUAAUGUUGUACUCACCAAGUUAAAAGCUGUUAUCUGGGAGUGAGUAGAGACACGAUGAGGCUGGUUCUGAACACGGUUCUGUGGAAGAGAAAAUAAAGGGCAACAGUAACAGUCUGAUUUGACUCACAUUAGUCAUAGAUGGAGUGUUUAUACAGAGACUGUGGUUCUUAAAGGUUUGGACUCAACCACUGAGAUUGUUUGUGCCUAAAGCAGAGCUCUGUAAACAGACCUGAGAGACAGGAGCUGGGGAAGUUUCCUGAGACUGAACUGUGAAUGUGGAAUGUGAUUUUUUUUGUUUUGUUUAGCUUGAGACAGAUGCAAGUUCAUUAAAUAUGGAGCCAGGAUGUUAAGUGAUGCUGUUUGUCGUACAACAGUGCUAGUGAGAGCUGAAACAGUGCCUGUUACUGAACACUGACCACUUGUUUUCUGUGUGCUGUGCUGACUGGGAGCAGCAGGGGGCGAUGUCGCUGCAUCAGUCCCUCAGACCGACGGUACAAACCCCUGCAGGAGCUUGUGUGUGUGUAAAGUCUUUUUGUUGUCUCUGGUCUGUCUGACCGGCUUACUUCAUGUUUGUAUAAAUGUACACAGGUUAUUAAAUUAUUGCUUUUUUAAAAUUUUUAUUUAUUUUGAACUCUAUUCUGUUCUAUUUUUGGUUGUUUUUGUUUCUGUGGCGAGACAGCAGAGGCUUGACUAAUUUAGUUAAACCUCUUAGCCAAUAGUUUUAAAGCCUCAUAAAGCUUUGUGAAAUCAGUGUGCGCGCUUUAAAUCACACACACGGGUAAAUUAAAUGUAAUCAAUAUUCAAUUAUUCCAAGUGAAAAUAACAUUGACCGUUUAAAAGUUUCCCUCUUUAUUGGAUUGCUAAAUCUCUGAUUCCCUCGAGGCUACGCGUUUAACAGAGCAUCAGACGGCCUCUGCUGUUUCUACCACAUGCUGUGUCUGGCUUACUGCUCAUAGAAGGUCAAUGUCUGCAACUAAACACAGAUUAAAUUCUCAUUACCAUGCUUAUUUGACUGAUGUGAGGGCUUGAAAGCUAAUAUCAGGAGUGAGAUUUGGGGGAUUCAGGCUGCUAAAGCCCUGCAAAUCCAGAACAUUCAGCAUUUCUGAACAGAAUGUUAACUUCUCAACUCUAAAAGUGCACUACAACUCAAAGCAAUGAACUAAUUAAGAGGUUUGACCAACAUACUGUAAACUCGAAAAGUAAAAAUAGUACAGGGAGAUCAAGUGACUCCAAAUCAUGUUGUCCUUUUUUUUUUUUUUUAAAUGUCCUCAUAUCAACAAACCCACUGGCGCCUCAAACUGUUUAAACGGGAAAAUAAUCAUAUGAGGAAUUGAUUGUGUAGAAUAUAUAAAUGCCCAAUAAUUUGUCUUUAUCAAAACUAAACUCAUUGUUGUUAAAUCAUUCCAACCAGGGCGACACAAUGCAUAGUUUCAGCAUCAACAAUGCAGGAAGGCAAAUGAACUUCAACACCUCAUACUACAACUUUUGCAGUUUGAUACAAACAGAAAACUAGUGCAGCGUUUUCCAAAACUCAUCUACACGAGAAGUCUGAUAGAUACAUAACUUACUCUGCCUUUGCCAGUGUUUCACCACAUGUCAGCUUCUUGUAAGUUAUUUUUUAUUUCUAUGCAGAUGCACUCUCCUACAAAUCAGCCCAAUUAUUCGAGAAUGAUUCAUUCUUUCCAAAUUGAAUUUUUUAAGCAAUUUGGUGAAAAUUCCAGAAAAACUAAAUAUUCUAUUGCCAGUUUUUCUCUAGUAUUGUGCAGCCCUAAUUCCAAUUUUCUAAUUUUAAUUGGAGUUAAUUUUUAAAUGUGACCCAUGAUGAUGAAAUUAGCAUUGCGGCACUUUUCAUGACAGUGCUGUUUAUACAUUUACCCCGCCUUUGUACGAGCUCAACAGAUUUAGCCAGUUAGCUCAAGCAACAUCAUUUAGUUGCAAUUGCAAGAGUAAUUGUUAAUAUGAAAGUAAGAACAGUGAAAUAUACCAUCAGAGAGCAAUGAGUUAUAAAUGAUUUAGCUACGUGGCUCAUGUAUAUAUUUUACACAAUAUAUUCAUGAUUAUUUCCUAAUGUGUGUUUUAUUUAUUUAAUAUUUCACACUAUUGGGCAUCAAAUUCCAAAAGCCAUUCUGUUAAAAUUGCAAUACAGAUUUAUUGACUUAUGUAACAAGGUUUUCUUUUAGUACACUGGUUAUAUUGUCCGUCCUCAGUUUCCUGUCCACACAUCUGUACUGUUGUCUAGAGGUCCGAAUGUCCACUCGCUCCCUGUGUCUGACGGUUUUUCUUAUUAGCCUGCUGUUGAGAUGAACUUUAUACUGUUUCAAUCCAAAUGUAUAUUUUAUAAGUGAAACUGGAUAAGCAACACACAGUAAUUCAUUCACUGGCUUAGAACAAGCUAUAUUCGUAAAUAUGUUAGUGGAACAGAAAUACUGUUGUAUUUUAUAUUUAUAUAAUACUCUUGUAUUAUUAAGAAUGGUUUUUGAGUUUAUAUAAAUCUAUAUGUAAAGUUUUUUUUUCUUCUUCCCGCUGUAAAGAAAUUAUUAAAAAUGCAACUUUGA